GCCACUCCUCCCUACCUCCCCUUUGCCAUUGUCUUUUUCUUGCAGUUGGCGGAGCCAUGAAGCUCCUCCCCCUGAGUAAAACCUAAUUUGUCUCCAACGGCUAUUUCUCUUUCUUUUUUUUCCCCUGCCGCCUCUCUCUCUUUAUGGCGCGGUGUCCCGUAACGUUAAAUGACUGCCUGCCACCUCUGCUUCGGCCCUGCUCUGCUUGCCCACUGCAAGCAAGCUGUUCACUGGCCACUGGUCACUGAUCGCGGCAGAAGCUUUUAUCGCAAGUCUUCCCUUCCUCACAUACUACUCCGCAGCAUUUACUCCCUCUGGCCCCCCGUAUUCUACGCGCCUCAAAACCUCAAAGCCAAAGUCGGGGUCUUUCUCUCGGGAGUUCGCCUCAUGGAGCGGCUGUGGGCAGUGGAGGCGGUUGUGGUGGUCGUACUGGUGGCCGUGGUGGCGAUGGUGGAAGGGUUUCCGAGCGAGGACCUGGUGGAGAGGUUGCCCGGCCAGCCGAGGGUGGGGUUCAGGCAGUUCGCGGGGUACGUGGAGGUGGACGUGCAGGCAGGGAGGAGCCUGUUCUACUACUUCGCCGAGGCCGACGGCGUCGCCGACAAGAAGCCUCUCACUCUUUGGCUCAACGGAGGUCCAGGUUGUUCAUCGAUUGGAGGUGGUGCUUUUACUGAGUUAGGUCCAUUCUUUCCAAAGGGCAAUGGCCGAGGUCUCCGUAGGAACAAAGAUUCCUGGAACAAAGUAUCAAAUCUUCUUUUUGUCGAAUCUCCUGCUGGAGUUGGAUGGUCCUACUCAAAUACAACUUCUGACUAUACUUGUGGGGAUGAAUCAAGUGCCAAUGACAUGUAUGAAUUUCUGUUACGAUGGUACGACAAGUUUCCGGAGUUAAGAUCAAGGGAUUUGUUUCUCACUGGAGAAAGCUAUGCAGGGCACUACAUACCACAACUGGCAAAUGUUCUUCUCAAUCAUAAUCAACAUUCUACAGGGUUCAAAUUCAAGAUUAAAGGAGUUGCUAUUGGCAAUCCACUUCUGAAGCUUGAUAGGGAUGCUCCAGCGACCUAUGAGUUCUUUUGGUCGCACGGUAUGAUUUCUGAUGAGAUAGGCCUGACAAUCAUGAAUCAAUGCGAUUUUGAAGACUAUACCUUUGGUACUCCCCACAAUGUUAGCAAAGUUUGCAAUGAUGCCAUUGAGAAGGCAAAUGCUAUUGUCGGAGAUUACAUCAAUGAAUAUGAUGUGAUUCUAGAUGUUUGUUAUCCAGCAAUCAUGGAGCAGGAAUUGAGAUUACGAAAAUAUGUUACAAAGAUGAGUGUCGGGGUAGAUGUGUGUAUGUCAUUGGAAAGGAGGUUCUAUUUCAAUCUCCCGGAAGUUCAGCUGGCUCUUCAUGCCAACAGGACAAAAUUGCCAUAUUCUUGGAAUAUGUGCAGCGGCCUCCUCAACUACAGUGACGCGGAUGGAAACAUCAACAUCUUGCCAUUGCUGAAGAGAAUAGUAAAGCAUGAAAUACCAGUCUGGAUCUUCAGUGGUGACCAAGAUUCAGUUGUUCCUCUUCUCGGGUCUAGAACACUAGUUCGGGAAUUGGCACAUGACCUAAAAUUUGACAUUACUGUCCCUUACAGUGCCUGGUUACACAAUGGUCAGGUUGGUGGCUGGGUGACUGAGUAUGGUAACCUGUUAACUUUUGCGACUGUAAGAGGUGCAUCUCACAUGGUUCCAUUUGCGCAACCAGCUAGAGCUCUUCGCGUAUUCAGUUCGUUCGUUCAUGGCCAAAGGUUGCCAAACAUGACAUAUCCUCCUAUUAAUUAACUAGGCACUGCUCUAUUUAGGUUCUAUUGUCAAUGGGCAGAAAAAAUUUCUGAACCUGUUGAUAGAUCAUGCAUUUGUAACUUCUGUUUAUGUUAUAAUAAAAGAACUUGUUCCUAA